AUGGAGCCACUUCUCCCGUCGUCCCCCACGCAGAUGCAGCCGAACAAACGCUGUGGUGCACAGCCACUUGCGCUCGUCACGUCCGACUCGACGCGGACGGGCAGUCGAGACCGAAGACCCCACUGCAUUGACCCGUUCCACGCGCAACUUAUCGCGAACGACAGCCCGACGCGAACCGAGUGCAGUGUCGAUGCAGUGUCCGAUUUACUACUGCCACAAGUGCCACGUGAUGCAAACGGAUUGAAGCGGGGGGUACCUGUUUUGCCAUGCAACAGCGACAAGUUGACUGGAGAGACGGCAUUGUCGUCGUCAGUGGAGAACGAAUCGAUGGACAAUGGUAUCAAUGGCCCAAGUGGUCUAAGCACGUCGCAAAAGUUGCUCGACAAGUGGUUGUUUCGCAGUGGAACGCCAGUGCUGACCGCGUCCGUGACGUCCAAGGAGUCGAUGGGAAGCAGUGUCAUUGGGGACGACGACGACGAGGCAAUGAACGUCGUGGUCAUGAACACGAACCUCUUGCCGCCGCCGUUUGCCAACAUGUACGCGUGCGAGUCCUGUCGCGAGGACAUUGGCUCGCUGUUGUCCCAAGGCCGACAUCACUGUCGGAACUGCGGUGGCUCGUUCUGUGCCGACUGUACAACGCAGUCGAUCGUCGUGCCCUAUCGCGCGUAUAUUUCACGGGGAGAGCUGCGCGUGUGCGAUGGCUGCUACUACCGGAUUGAGAAUUUUCAGAAACAAGUCCAGAGCACAAGUGUCACGUGGAGUGGCCUCGUGCCACCGCCGAGCGAGCAGAUCAAACAGGACUUUGACCUGUCGGAAGACGAGGAUCCGGUCGCGAUUUUCAACUGUGCGCUGUUCUUGGACACGACGCCGUUCUACGGGCACCUCGUGCUCACGCGCAAGCGCCUGUGCUUUCAGAGCUAUGCAGACGGCAAGAAGCGCAAAGUUCCGUACUCUCGCGUGCUGUCGCUGUUGAAGCCGCAGUUUUACUACAUUAAUGGAUUGCAGGUGAAGACAAAGCAGAGAGAGACGUUCUUCUUGGCCGAGUUCAAUGGUCUUCGUGACAUGUGCUUUCUCCGACUCGACCAGCUCAUUCGGGCGUACCAGGAAGCCAGCAAGCUGAAAAACCUACGACCUGGCAACUCAUCGAGCCCGAAGGAGCUCCGGAGACAGGCACUCGAUCGCCGACGCUCGUACAAAUUGAUCUCGGAGUACAUUACGUCGUCAGGAGGGUGCACUAGCAGUUCGAGCAGCUCGCUCAUGUCAUCCUCGUCGUUCAUAUCGACUGUAGGAUUCAUUGACGUUGACGACGACGAACUGACUGCUGACGCGCCUCUCAGUAGCAUUGUCGAGGACUGUGGCCACAUUGACGAUAGCAAAUCGACGGCUAGUGACGAAGAACCAUUUGAGCCGUUGCCACCAGAUACGCUGCUCGAGAAGAUGACGAUUUUGCUGGAUUGUGAGCUGCGAGCCGAUGUGAAGCGAGUCUUUGAUCUGUUGUGGAAUGAUGGUCCUGGCCAGGAAUUCUCGCGCGCGAUCAUGGAGAAGGCACGCGAUAUCGACAUUGAAAUCGAGUCGUGGAAGUUGGUUGACAAAAGCGAUCCCGUAACUGCUGAAGCAGUUCGAAAGGGCUUUGAGAUCUCCAAGGAGAAUGACUAUACUCUUUACCGCACAGUGCGAUCCCAGCAUCCGCCGAAGACGUCGUUUCCAGGUCUACCGCCCUACGCCGGGUGCACAAGAACGCAACGAUUCCGCCUGGACACCAUCUCGAAUGACGGAGACAAGUGGGACCGUUUUGUCAUCACGGAACUCAACCGCAUGAGCAAGAUUCCAUUCAGCGAUUACUUUGAAGUGGAGAUGCGCUACGUGUUUUCUCGUGACGGCAACAACUAUUGCCACGUCCAAGUAGGUUUAGUCGUCAAUUUCCUCAAGGCCACGUGGUUCAAGAGCCAAAUCAACUCGUCUACGCGAUCAGAGUCGAAAGAAGCGCUCGAGUCAUGGGCCAAGCAAUCGAUUGAAUUUCUCGAGGCUCAACGAAACCGCGUCGUGCCGCUCUCUCCAACGAUCAAAGCGCUAUCUGCUUCGGGCAGCUUCAGCGAGCUUGUGUCGGGGAUAGACAGUGCUCAUCAUCCUGCAGUGAAGUCGAGUGCGCAUCUGACGCCCACGAGCACUUGUGCGCCGGCAGCUAGGAGGUCACCAUCAUCAUUGACCACUGCAACAGGUGCUAGUGGCCGUGCUUGGUCGCCGUUGUCGCUCGUACAAGUGUUCCUGCUCGGUUUGCUGGUGUAUGGUCUCUCGCUGCUCCGUGGGCAUCAGAUGCAAAUGCAGCGGCUUGUUGACGAGACGACCAAAUUGCUUGAGCAGCUUCAGAAGCAGCAGAGUAUGAUGCAGGCACAAGCACCGGCCAUGCAACAGAGUUGCGAAGAUUCCCGCUACCAUCCGAUACAAUAG